UCAUUGACGACGAACGCUUUAUGGUGGCGGACCAAGAUGGCCGCGCUACGGACGGUAACAAGCUACCUCCGUCUCCUCAGGAGUUCUGCUCGUUUCCUGGUCAAUAACAACAGAAAACCGGGGAAAUGGACAAAUAUUCUUUACAGCAGUAUAGCGUCUUUGACCGUAGGCGGUGGUCUAUGUGCCAUACCUUUCAAACAGGUUGACAAUCUCUCUCAUGAUUCUCUGGUCAAACGAGCAGCAUCGCUGGUUACAGACAGCUCAAGCACUUUUCUCUCUCAGGCCACUCUGGCUCUUAUAGAUACCUUCACAGAAUACUCAAAAGCUGUGCACACACUCAUAGCUCUUCAAAGGCGGUAUUUGGACUCUUUAGGGAAACUGACACCUGCAGAGGAGGACACAAUCUGGCAGGUGAUCAUUGGCCAGCGUGCACAGAUUAGUGAAAGACAAGAUGAAUGCAAGCGUUUCGAGUUAACCUGGAUCACAGCAGUCAGGCUGUGUGAAACUGCAGCGGAGGCGGCGUACACCUCAGGAGCCGAGCACGCAUCCAUCACUAUGAGGACUAACAUUCAGGUGGCUGAGACGCAGGUGGAAGAGGCUCGUAAACUGUCAGCAGAUGCAGAUAAGAAGCUGGCUGAGACUAAAGUAAUGGAGGUUGAAAGGAUGGCACAGUACGCUGCAUCCUUAGAGAAUACCAACGAAGAGGAAGAGAUACCUGAGGCUUAUCUGAGGGAAGACUGACACAAAUAUGUGGCAUACAAAAAGUCUCAUUUUUUGAGUCAGUAACAUGUUCAAUUCUGUGAUUUGCUGUCUUAUUUGUCUCUUAUAUGUGCACUUAAACUGCAAUGCUAAAAAAAUGAAUCACCAACUUUGGGACAGUGUCUCUGUUAAGGAUCUUGUGAUUUUUAAGUGUUUAGUCAUUUGUGACUAUUUCUCUGAGUAUUUGAAAUGGCUUCUGGUGGGUAGCGUAUUAUGCUUUCACUUCAGUCUUUUUUAUUUUGUUACUUGUGUAGCACAUUUUUUUGUCAGAAAUCUUGUAAUAAAGAUAAACUCAUAAAAAAUGUA